UAUAAUGCCCAGAAUUGGCAACAGUGGAUCGACGGAUGGGUCGCGGCCUUUCCGCCAAUUAAUUCUCCCUGAAAAACGAACUUUUACAAUUCACCCUCCAAACUAACCAACUCGUCCCGAGAUAUUGCUCGCGCGAUCGCUCACUCGUCCAACUGUGACGAGAAAACUAUUCCGACGGAUGGAAAAAAAAAAAGUAUUAGGAAAUAUGAUAAAAAAAAAAAAUAAUAGGAAAGAUACGCGCAGAGAAAUACAGAGCUUACACGCGCAUCCUGUAGAAUCGUAGGAUGUGGAGGAGAGAAAAAGGCGAAUCAAAACGGGUAGGAGGUGUGCACACCUCUUACGAGUUUACGAGGCCUACGCCGAACAGAACGAGCGGACAGUUACCUUUCUGUUUCGAGACCGCGAGGAUCUACCUACCUCCCGCUACAGCCGUGAGGUAAAUGGUGAAUUGCUUCUCGAUCGUUCGAGGAGAAGGUGUGAAAAAACAAUAUGAUCGUUUCGGUGCUUUACGGGUUGUUAACGUGGACCGUGGUCCAAGCGAUUUCCACGCCAUGGAAUCCAUCGUUUUCAACCCCAGCGGCCAGAAUUCUACAUCCAGUCACUACUAUCUACCAGACUAGUCCCGCUCAGACGUUUUAUGAUGCAGGAAGUACGUCUUUGCUGGCACAGCGCGAGCAAGACGCAUGCGCCCUAUAUAAAGUCGCGAUGAAGCAGCAGUUUUACUUUGAGUACAUUCAUUACAAAACUGAGCUGCCCGACAUAAAGGAGUUCACUCUUUGCAUGUGGACAAAAUUCUACAAUCACAGCAAUGACCAUCCUCUGUUUUCGUACGCAGUUGGAGAUCAAUCGCGCGGGAUCCUAUCCUGGGUGGCGAACACCCCGAGAAGUUCCUACUACAUGAUGAACAUCGACGGGCACAACUUGUACAGAUUGAAUUAUCCGCUUCGAUUGAACAAGUGGUAUCACUCGUGCCAAAGCUGGAACGGCCGUACAGGAGAAUGGCAGAUCUGGGUCAACGACGAGCGCGUGGGUCGCGGGUUCAACAACAGGUUGGUCAGGCACGUGAUCAAAGGGGGUGGAAUAGCUAUCACGGGGCAGGAGCAACGACAAUUAGGCGGCGGCUUUUUGGAAGGUGACGGCGCUCCUCCAGGAUCGGGUGGAUAUCUAGGAGAGGUGACCAUGGUGCAACUUUACGAGGUAGCCCUGUCAGCGGGGAAAGCCCACAAGGAUCACAAACACCAUCAUGCCCAUCACUACGAGCACGACACCGAAAAUAACACGCCCAGACCUACGCGCCCGCCGGUCACCGGCCCCCCCCUCCCGCAGCAUCCCUAUCUCACGGCCGGACAGAUCAAUCAUCAGAUAAAACUCAAUCCUGGAACGCCGCUACAAAUCAUUCAAGAUGGAGUCACCCUGAGGCAUCCGUCCCUGAUUCCUCGCCAUCCACCACCUCAGCCGUUACCACCCGCGAAUCCCAAUUCCGUCUCGACAGCGUUCCCUUUGCAAUCUACCCACUUCUUCGGGAAUCUGCAGUCUACCGUCGGUUUGCCUUCGGCUAGCGGAAUAACCAACACAGCGGAUAGUAGUCCGUAUCGCAAUCUCUUUAAGAGAGAGGAAAAUUCGUUGGGAGUUGAAUCCGAGGAAGAAAAAUCGUAUUCGAGUUUUGAAGAAACAGUGAUCCAGGUCGGAAAAUCCACGAUCGAGAAGAGGGGGAUCGAGAAGAACGGAGUAUCCGAGGGAAAAUUUUCGGAUGGAAAAGUAACGUUCGUGCCCAAAGAGGAAGUCGAAGAUUUAAAAUCGACGGAUAAACGCGAUUCUCCUAAAAAGAAACGCGGUCUGGUGCAAUUAGACGACGGUCUGCUUUUAAACGACGGCUAUAUAUCCCAAGGACUAGACGACGAAUACUUUUCGGGACUAACGAGCUUCGGUCUUCACUUACCGAAAUACGAGGACAAGGAUGAUGAAAGAGAGCCGGCGGAAGCGGAAGUAAGAAUGAUCAUGAAUAUCUGCGACGGUUGUGCCGAUGAACCGUUCGCGAAAGCUUUGAUUAUGGGAUGGAGAUCGGUCCCUAAGAAGUUAUAUUCCGGCGCGGUACACAUUCCGGCCGUGCAAACGUGCAAGGCGUUCUAACAAAGACGAUCGACCGAGCAAAAGAGGAGACGACUUCGUAAGUUAUCGUACGCUAGGUUCGGGUCCACUCGGAUUCAUUCGCGCGGCAUCGACCAAUCCCCGCGAAGAUUUAUGGUUAUCGCAGUCUCACUCGGUAGUCGACCGCUAUCGCUGACACAGGAUCUUUCGUACGUGCUGCGAACCCGAGGCCAACGGAUCUCCAAACGCGUUAGCUCGAUUACGCGAUUACACGUGCGCCGGAUAGAACGGACGGAUAUCGAUUACAGGGAAAGCGAUUCCGAUCGCGUUCGGAGACGUAUUUAUUAUUUACAGUAGCUUCGCCCCAGGGUUAGUCAUCGAAGGUAUAGAUUUAAGUUUACAUACAUACGGCCGACGGCGUAUUAAACAAAAAUAUUAUGUAAGGACGUUAAUACGUACACGGCGGUUACAAAAACAAAUAUUUCGUAUACUGUAGUAUUUAUUGAUUAGAAUUUUCACUCUUACGUUCUUCUAUUAUAUGUAAGUAGACGCGUAAUAAAUUCGAAUGUGCGAUUAACAUGCGAGAAAUAUUUAAGUAUACUCGUAUUUCUCAUUUAUGCUUUAAUUGGUCUUAAAAUUAAUCCAAAAACGAUAUAAAUAGAAAAAUACAAGCCAAGAGAACAUAAAUAUUGUAAUUAAUAUUCGUUUAUAGUAGUACUUAUAGUAACGGAUAAAAGUAUAACCUCUAAUUAAUUUAUUAAAACAAAAUAACUUUUUUAAAAUUGGACCAAACGAAUUUUGCACUUUUUUGAAAUGUGAAAAGAUAAUUUACUAUAUGACGUAUAUAAAAAUUUUUUGAAAAAGUUACAACUGGUCAGAAUUAUAUAAAAAAAUAGUAAAAGUUUUUUAUCUGAGUCUGUAAUGCAAAUUUUAAAUAUACAUUUAUGUAAUUUAUACGAUAUAUAUAUAUAUAUAAAAUUUCAUCAAAAUGUAUUUGAUACAGAAACAAGUGAUAAAUAUCGAAAAAUGUAAAAAUUUUUAAUUUUUUAAUUUAUUAUAAAAAAAAAUUUCCAUCAUUUUUAAUCGUUUGUAGGUCGUAAUAACAUUAAUCGAUUUUAAUAAAAUUUUCAAUAUGUAUACAAAUUGAUAAAAAUCUACAAAAUCUCUUAAUUUUCAUAACACGUUCGGAUAAAAAAUUAACAAAAAGUAAUCUUUACCGAUUUUCUUCCAAUGAUUUCGACCAAUCAUAACUUCUUCAAGAUUUUUUUUUAUACGUCACGUGAUAAACUUUUUCCAAGUUUCCAAACAACAUACAACUCGUUUGUUCCAAUUUUAAGAAAGUUAUCUCGUUUUAAAAACUUUUAUACUUUUGUCCACUGUUGUAUCCAUGAAUACAAAAAUAUUCGAUGGUAUGAAAAUAAAGAAAAAAAUUCCUUUAAAAAAAAAAAUAAAUAAAAA